CCCUCCUCGCCGCCGCCGCCGCCUCCUCGCUGCCUGGCAGCGUUGUUCUCUGCGGCGGAGGAGAGAAGUGCUAUGUCAGGAAAGUUCCGGGAGGGACUGGCUGGGGCCAUGCUCCCUGGGCUCUCCCGCUGGCGCCCGCGCGCUGCCCUUUGUAUGAGGCAGAAGGACUCCUGCGGAAGAUGGAACUCACUGUCCAUUUUCCAGAAUGUGUUUCCAAGCCCAUCAAUGGAACUUGAUGUUACUGUUCUGUGUUGAAAUGCUUAAAAAAUUGCAUCUCUGCCUGCAUCUUCCACCUUUCUGAAACCAUGGCCUUCUCGGCAGUGUUGACUGCAUCCCAUACUGGGGCAUCUAACACAACAUUUGUAGUCUAUGAAAACACCUACAUGAACAUCACAGCCCCCCCACCAUUCCAGCAUCCUGGUGUUGGUCCACUGCUUAGAUACAGUUUUGAAACCAUGACUCCCACUGGCUCAAGUUUCUUGACAGUGAAUAGCACAUCUGUGUCCCCAACACCAGCAGUUUUUAAGAGCCUAAACUUGCCUCUCCAGAUCAUCCUUUCUGCUAUAAUGAUAUUUAUUCUGUUUGUAUCCUUUCUUGGGAACUUGGUUGUUUGCCUCAUGGUUUACCAGAAAGCUGCCAUGCGAUCUGCAAUUAACAUCCUCCUUGCCAGCCUGGCUUUUGCUGACAUGUUGCUUGCAGUGCUGAACAUGCCCUUUGCUCUGGUAACCAUUCUUACCACCAGAUGGAUUUUUGGGAAGUUCUUCUGUAGAGUAUCUGCUAUGUUUUUCUGGUUGUUUGUGAUAGAAGGAGUAGCUAUCCUGCUCAUCAUUAGCAUCGACAGGUUCCUUAUUAUAGUCCAGAGGCAGGAUAAGCUAAAUCCAUAUAGGGCUAAAGUUCUGAUUGCGGUUUCCUGGGCAGCUUCCUUUUGUGUAGCUUUUCCUCUGGCUGUAGGAAACCCUGACCUGCAGAUACCAUCACGAGCCCCCCAGUGUGUGUUUGGGUACACAACCAAUCCAGGUUACCAGGCUUAUGUGAUUUUGAUUUCUCUCAUUUCUUUCUUCAUUCCAUUUCUGGUAAUAUUGUAUUCAUUUAUGGGCAUACUCAACACCCUUCGGCACAAUGCCUUGAGGAUCCAUAGCUACCCCGAAGGUAUAUGCCUCAGCCAGGCCAGCAAACUGGGUCUCAUGAGUCUCCAGCGACCCUUCCAGAUGAGCGUCGACAUGGGCUUUAAAACACGUGCCUUCACCACCAUUUUAAUUCUCUUCGCUGUCUUCAUUGUCUGCUGGGCCCCGUUCACCACUUACAGCCUUGUGGCAACCUUCAGUGAGCACUUUUACUAUAAGCACAACUUUUUUGAGAUUAGCACCUGGCUACUCUGGCUCUGCUACCUCAAGUCAGCAUUGAACCCACUGAUCUACUACUGGAGGAUUAAGAAAUUCCAUGAUGCCUGCCUGGACAUGAUGCCUAAGUCCUUCAAGUUUCUGCCACGGCUUCCUGGUCACACAAGGCGGCGGAUACGCCCCAGUGCUGUCUACGUGUGUGGGGAACAUCGGACGGUGGUGUGAAUAUUGGAGCUGCCUGAUAUUUUGGAUGAUGGCUGUUCUUUAUUGAUUUUCUUUCACUUGACUUCUCCACUAACACUUUUUUUAAAAAAUAGGGUUUGUAUGUGCGUGUAUGCAGUGUAAAGAUAGAAUGAUAAUUACGGACCUCUUACCAAGGAUAUACAAUAGGAAAAUGAUCACACAUGUUACCUCCAGGGUUUAGGACAAAUCCUUGAUUUAGGAUGGAGAGAGAGUUUUUUUUUUUUCUUUGAUGGACUUGUUUCUGUAGGAGGAAUCAAGAUUGUGCUUUUCAGAGCCUGCAGUCACAAUGAAUUGUGGGUGUGCUGUCUGCUGCUUAGGUGGUAUUCUUAGUUGAGUUUAUCCAUUCUUCUCUUCUGGAAGACACUGCUGCUUUUUGCCAUCACGUUGGAGCCAAAACCCCAUACAUCUCAGUUGAUACAUAUUUAGUUUUAUUUUAAAAAAUAAUCCAAGGGGUUAGUGACAUAUUUUAAAGGUCUUUACUAUUUACUUUGGUGCACUUUAAGAAACAAUGUACAAAUUAAUUCAGUCAUGUUUUUCAGAAUAGCUUUUAUAUGUGACAUGGUGUGCUUUAGGAAACAUGCAUUAUCAUAUCUAGGAAAAUAACUUUUAUGGUUUAUCCACAUGUACAGUUUUAAAGGAGAGAACAAAAAAAUGUAGAAAUUCUUCUAAGCACAAUUGUAACUCUUCAGAGCAAUAGGGUAACAUUGAGGAGACAGAGUACCUUUCAAAUUUAAAAGGGGCCAGGGUAGUGACUGGAGCAGGCUGUAGGGAUUCCUUUUAUUCAAGGAUUCUUGCCAAGUGUAGCAGGGAGAGGGGGUUACCAAUUAUGGAAGCCACCAUGUGCCAGGAAUUGCGUCAUUUUGUCCUCACAGCAUCCUGUGGGAUAGGUGUUACUUUUUCCUUUUUCCGGAUGAAGAAAGCAAGUCUCAGAGGGACUACAUUUCUGCCCAAGGUUAAUGGAAGAACAGGGACCCAACGUGAGACUGUGCUGUUCUACUGUGCCAUAUAGCGCCUCUUUCAGUUUAGAUGUUUCACAGUCAGAUGGGAACUC